AGAGGAAAAAAUAGGCAGUGCUUUAAAUACAGUGGAAAUGUUCAGAUACAGUAAAUACACAUUGUGUUAAAAAGUGUAAAAAAACAUUGUACCGUCUAUCUCUAACAAACAAAACAUAUUUGUAAUUGAUUUAAAAAAGUUCAAAUGAGGCCAAAAAUAAGAAACAGUGUUAAAUGUUAAAUUUGUUGAGCCAGGUUGAAGUACUCUGUUAAAUCUAUUGCACUCAUUUGACCACUUGUCCCUCCCACUAAUAAACCCAGUAACCUCUAGUAAAUGAUCCAUUACUUUGUGCAUUCUAACAUGUGUGUGAGCAUGUUCGGUAAGAUGAAGAAAAGUAACACUUAGAUAGAACAUUUGCUUCUUUGUUCAUGUUGAUGGCAAAUUGUGUGUGUUGAGAGAGAGGUGUUGUUGAAACACAAAAAAGAAACACAAAGAUAAGGCCACAGACUAAAAGCAAUGGUUAAAGGAGGGGAGUCAGCUGACAGGAAGAGGUGGGGGGAAAAGCCUCGUGCAUGUCAUUGUGAUGCGAGUUGUUUAAUGACUGCCAGAAAAAUGUUUACCCUGAAAGACAAAACUCUUUUUAAUAAGUAAAGGUGAUGAAGGGGCAGAAAAACUAAGUUUAAUAAAUCCCUCAAAUACUGUUUGUUCUUUGAGCCCUUGAAUGUGAACAAUUUGUUCUUUCGUGGCUUUUGUGUUACAUCCCACAACCAAUGUGAUGGUGAAAUUUUUAAAACAUAUUUGAGUUUGUGAAGAGGUUAUGUCAGGACUUUGUUGAGAAGAAAAGGCAAAGAUGACUCAGGCUUAGUCAUAUGCAAGUCAAUCCAACACACACUGCUGAGAAUGGACUUUUGUUGUCAGUCAUCACUCCUACCACCAAGACCUUUCCUCUGAGCUGCUGAGAAACACUAAGUGAGAGACAGAGAAGUGAGAGAGAUGGAGAGAGAAAAAGAACACGACGAGGGCGUGAAUGAACUCAUUUGGAUAAGAAUUUGACUACACUGAGAUGAAGCGAUUGAUGUAACAUCAGCCUCUGGUAUAUCUUUGUCUUUUCAUGCCGGGUUACAGCAGAUAUACUGUAAGUUUGUACUUUAUUUUCACAAAAAAGGUUGAAUGUGCUUGAAUUGUUGUUGUAAUUUUCAUUGCCUUGAUUGCCUUGAAACCUCAGUGUGUCAUGUGAAGCGAAAACUACUUAGUUACAAGUUAACCAGAAUGUUUGUCUUAAGUGAAAAUGUAACUUGUGAAGUGUUAAGUGCUAUGAAGCAAUUAUGUGGAGGAUCUGAUUUGAAAACAGCUAUGUUCGGCAAACUUAACUGGAUACAUUAUACUGUUGGUUUUGUGUACAGAAUUACUCAGAAAUAUCUUCAUACCAAGGACAUACAUAAUCUGAUUUCACACUUUUUUGAUAGGCUGGCAUGAAACUUAUGGUUUGUCAACGUGGGUGAUCAAGGUAACCAAUUCUUUCCUCUGGGGAAUGAUUCUGUUAUCAGCUCAUUUUUCUAUUAGCCACAUUAUUUGAUUGAUUUAUAACAUCAUUGUAUAUUUUUGUGAUAAUCUCAAAUCUACCAAAGUCUCUUUUAGCCUAAUGCCCAUGCUAGCUGUAUAGUACGACUUUUCUGAUAGCGACACAGCAAUGAAAUAUUAGAGUAAAGGUUCAAGAGGUAUAUAAAAUAUUGUGCCUAGGAGAGAGUGUAAUUUAGGGGUUAAGUCAAGUUGCGGUACAAAUGCUGUGUCACUGCAGCUGGAGGAGCGAGUAAGCGAAUAAAUCGGUUGAGGGAAAAAGUGUGUCUUCCAGCAGCAGUUGGUGUGUGGAGAUGGCUGAUAGUGGGCUUGUGUUAGAUGACACGUGUGCCCACCCAGUGGUGGAGGCAAACGUCCUGGUGGGAAACACUGGUGAUGUUGAUGAUGACGAUGCAGCUACGUCAUCGCCACAUAUGUUUCCUACCGCUGUUGCUCACUGCUCUCGCUCUUGCUCAUUGGCACACGCCGGUCACAUGACCUAAGGACCUACUUCCCUUAGACAGCUUAGGCUGCACUGUGUUUCUAUUUAGGAUUGAAGCUUAUCUCUAUGUGUCUGUGAAAAUGUUUGGCAAGAGGGACUGGGAGUGUAAAAUUUGCAGGGCCGGAGAGCGUGUGCAUCAGAAAGGGUAAUGGUAUAAUCGCUGCUAGAAGGAGCUCAGGAAACAAAACAGAGAAGCAUAUCGAAAGAGGGAGGCACAAGCUGACUGAGAAUGGAAGAGAAAUGAGAGACAAGACAGAGCUAGAAAAUCAGAGAAAAGCAAAGAGAAAGAGAAGCAAAGGCAGACUGCGGAGGUUAAUCUAGCCGCCGUGUAGUGUGUAGCGUAGUCAUCAAAAUGUGCAGUAAUAUAAGAAUAAUACUAUGUAAGAGGUGACAGCGAACUGCAUGGAGAUGAUCACCAUGUCCGCACUGCCUGCUCCUCGUCCUGGUUGAAUAUGCUUCAGAUGUCCCACAGUGUUGGAGGGAAGAGAGGAGACACCAAAAGGCUGGUCGGUCAGUAAGUGGUUGAGAGGAACCCCGUGAUCAAGGCAUCGCUGAUGAUGAACAUGUCAGUAACGCCAAUGCAGAAAAAUGACUGUUUGCAAAGUCACGUCAGUGGAUGGCCCCAGAAGUGGAGGCCAGAUGGAAAUUGGGUCACAUGACUGCCUCCAGGAAGGCACACUGAACCUGGAACUGGCCAAUGGGGUGAAUGGCUACCCUAAUGAUGUUCAAGCAUCUAUGGAAACAAAGCAGCAAAGGGCCGGAAGUGUGCCUCCAAGGCAGUGCUGGGUGGCAGGACAUGGCAAGGUCAAUGACAGUCAACAACAGCAACAAUACUGGAAUAAGAGCAAUGAUACAGCCCCUGGAGAACCUGUCCACCAAACAGACGUUGAGGAUGCCCACAAUUUGGUGGCUUUCUCUGCUAUUGCUGGCUCCUUGCCUCGUUCUUCCUCAUCUUCUUGUCUUCUCGUUCAGCCUAACACAGCACAGCUGUAUGAGAAGUUCAUCCAGGAGAUGGGUGCUGAGGGGACUCAGGCUAGAUUUUCUGCAGGGACACCUGAAUCAAGCAGUGAACCUCAAAAUGAUCUGAAUACUUUGCAGGUAGCACUGAGUGAGGCCAAACAUGGACACAAGCCCCCUAACUGCGAUUGUGAUGGGCCUGACUGUCCAGACUAUCUUGAGUGGCUGGAGAAAAAGAUUAAAUUAGCAGCCAGUGAUGGUGCCGGCAAGAUAACUGAAGGACCCCUAAAUUUACAACCUCAUCCACAGAAACCCCCUUUGCAAACUCAACCCUUCCCACAGGUAAAUGGUGGCCAAUGUCUGUCUUCAUUGUCCCAGCAAAAACAGGGAACUCAAUGCUCUCCGCCAGACCAGGUGCCCAGCUCCAAACCCCCAAUUCCUUGUUCUCCCCAGGUGCUAUUUAUAGCCAAGGAAAAAAACAUCAGUCUACAGACAGCCAUCGCUAUAGAAGCCCUGACUCAGUUAUCAAGUACCAGUCCACAAUCAACUGGCUUUCCGGGUCAAAUCCCCUACAACAAUAACCUCCAUCGUCACCAGAACCUCUCAUCACAGCUCCCCAAUGACCUUUCUUCCUCACGCUCUCAGUCUGUCCCACCAGGACUGCACACCAGCCAGCCAGCCCCAGUGUCCUGUGAGCACCACAGACCCCAGUCCCAGGGCCAGCCACCCCACGCUACCCCUCUCCCAUCCUCUACCUCUCCCUUCCCAAGUCAGGGAAAACCUUCAGGCUUCAGUCCCAAUCCCCAGCAGUGGCAGCAGGGCUUGGGUAGAGGCUCUGAACAGAGAAACCCAUGGAUGUGUCUGAAAUCUGAGUCCCAGUCUCAGUUUGCUGCUGCACCUCACAGUAGCUCAGACCCAAUGUCAGAGCUCAAACAGUUACUCGGUGACACCAGUGGAAAGUUCAGCAAUGCUCUUUUUAAGCAACCAGUUACGCAGAAGCUCAGUUUGAACCAAAAUGGAGGUAUUCAGGCCCAGGAUAACCCAGCACUGGCAAAGAUAAAACAAGAGCCAGACUCUGGUGAGCACUAUCAUCACACUGCCUCUAUGGGACAUUAUGGUAUGGCUAAUGGUCAGCAGCAGGGUCAGCACUACCCUGGCACUUCCCUUUCACCUGGCCAAGCAACCAUCAGCCACUCCACUCAGGCAGCUCUGCAACAGCACCUUCACUACAAGAGAAACCUCUUCUCUAACCACUCCUCGGGUUUUGGAGCUCUAGGCCCUCAUUCACCUCUUGCUUGUCAAAAUUUGAAAAAGUGGUGGCCACAGAUGGAGGCAGAAGGUCUACCACAUCUGCCCAUCAAACAAGAACCCAAGAAGAAAAAAAGUCAGGGAUCUCCCAUGAUAAAAGCUAUGAGUGGGACGAUUACACAUCCUCCUCUGCCCAAACCCAAACAGAUAAUCAUCAAGAAGACCAAGCAAAAAGCCUCUUUGCCAACCUUCCUGCCUCAGAGUCAGAUUACAGUACAAAAACCGCCAGUCCUCAUCAUGGACAGAGCCCCAACCCUAACCAGCCUACAAGCAAGUUCUCUCUCUGCUCUGCCCCUCAACAGUAAUUCCACUCAGGCUGCUGCUGCAGGAUUCCCUGCCUCAGCCCUAUCUCAGGUAUUCAUUUCCAAUUCUUCAAAGACUCCCUCUUCCAAUGUUUCUGCUUUGUCAGAAAACACUCCAGCCCUCUUGGGACCUUUGCCCCAACAUGUGGCUUCUGUAGGCCACACUAAGUCCAAUGGAGUGUUCAGCCUGACUAGCAACACCAGCACCGCCACAUGUUUGACCUCCCCAUCUCCACCCAGCAACUCACAAUUACCCAGUCUUGUCAACCUAGAUCCGAAAUACGAAGAACUCAUUCGUCAGUUUGAAGCUGAAUUUGGGGACACCCCAGCAACUUCCAGUCAGUCCGCAGAGGGGACAGUGACACACCCUCAGCUGUCUGACAAGUCACAUGCCAACAAUGAGGCCCUUAGUCCCACAAAAUUGGCCACCCCCCAGUCAAAUUCCCUAAAACCCAUUAGUCAAACUAGCUCCACACCUCAUUCUCAUCCAGAUAAUCAGGGCAUGGAAAUCGCAAAGGAGUCAGAAAUCAAAAGUAAAGCUGACUUAAACCAGACAACCACUGAAAAACCUAUGGAAGAGCAGCACCAAGAGGCCAUUCUUGACAAACAACAGCAGCUCAGUCUUUUAGAUAAAUUCAGUGUACCAUGUUCCCCGCUUCCUAAGCGCAUGAAGGUUGAAGCAUCAGGAGAUAUAGCAGUACUGUCCACCACAUGCUAUUCCGAUGAGUACACACCCACCAAGGAAGGCCUGCCUUCUUCCCCAUCACUCAGAGGCUUCUUAGAAUCUCCUAUGCGCUAUUUAGACACCCCCACAAAGAACCUGCUGGAUACGCCUUCCAAGGAUUUACAGGCAGAGUUCCCCACAUGCACCUGUGUGGAACAAAUCCUGGAGAAAGAUGAGGGGCCCUACUACAACCACCUGGGGUCUGGACCUACUGUAGCUUCUAUCAGAGAUUUGAUGGAGAGAAGAUAUGGAGAGAAAGGGGAGGCUGUCCGUAUUGAGAAGGUGGUGUAUACAGGCAAAGAGGGAAAAAGCUCACGAGGUUGUCCUAUUGCUAAGUGGGUGAUUCGUCGGGGCAGCGAUAAAGAGAAGCUGCUGUGUCUGGUGCGUCAUCGUGCAGGCCACCACUGUGACAAUGCUGUCAUCAUCAUCCUCAUUAUGGCCUGGGAGGGUGUCCCAAAGGCCCUGGCUGACAAGCUGUAUCGUGAGCUCAGUGACACCAUCCCAAAAUAUGGCAACCCCACCAGCAGACGCUGUGGUCUCAACGACGAUCGUACCUGUGCAUGUCAAGGCAAGGACCCUGAAUCUUGCGGUGCUUCCUUCUCCUUUGGCUGCUCCUGGAGUAUGUACUUUAAUGGCUGUAAGUACGCCCGAAGCAAAAUGCCACGCAAGUUCAGGCUACAAGGAGAUCGCCCUGAAGAGGAGGACAAAAUCAGAGACAACUUCCAGAAUUUGGCAACUGAGGUGGCUCCUUUGUACAAGAAGCUGGCCCCACAGGCCUACAGUAACCAGUGCCAAUAUGAGUCCAGAGCUGCAGAGUGCAGGCUUGGUUUAAAGGAAGGCCGGCCAUUCUCUGGAGUCACUGCUUGCAUGGAUUUCUGUGCCCAUGCUCAUAAGGACCAGCACAAUUUAUACAAUGGUUGCACAGUGGUGUGUACCUUAACUAAAGAGGACAACCGUUCAGUGGGAAAGGUCCCUGAGGAUGAGCAGCUCCAUGUGCUGCCUCUUUACAAGGCCUCUUUGACUGAUGAGUUUGGCAGUGAGGAAGGCCAGCGCCUCAAGAUGCAGACGGGAGCCAUCCAGGUGCUUCAGGCUUUUCGUCGUGAAGUACGCAAAUUGCCCGAACCUGCCAAGUCCUGUCGACAGCGACGUCUGGAAGCCAAGAAGGCUGCCUCAGAGAAGAAGAAAACUAAACUAAUGCAGCAGACAGGGGAGACACCAGAGAAAAAAGUAGUUAAGGCUGAGGUUUGCGUCACUGGUUCUCCUCAACUCCAAGAUAAUAAAGCAAUUAUAAAACAAGAGGUGAAACCCAACAUCAAGAAGGAGCCCUUCAGUGGAUCAGUAGAUGGACACCCAAAUCAGGCUGCAGACACAUUCAAUAACAUCUAUUCAUACCCUGCCUACUAUGCAAGGGGAGGCCUUGCCCCAACUGGCCAGUCCUCUGCAGCAGACCCAGUAAAUGGUUACCACCCAAAUCUGCCUGCAAUGCACUAUGGCUUCUACAACUACCCCCCAAAUGCACUUUUCCCUCCUAAGCUGAGGACCUAUGAGGGUCGAAAUGGUUCUUUGCCCAAAGUAGGCAAUAAUGUAGACAAGAAGCCUGACAUUCAGAGCCUUCAAUCCAAACUGGCCCAAACCUUCCCAAGCCAUGCAGAGCAAGCCAGUCAUCCAAACCAGACUGCUUAUGCCCAGCCUGCUGAGUACAACCAGUCCCGUCCAUCCUCUGUCUCCUCUGAGGCUGGUAACAGAAGCACUCCCGUCAUCAAACAGGAGCCAAUGGAUCUGGCAGUCUGUGAAGGCACAGUUCCUAGCCAGGCUGGUGCCAAUACAACUACCAACACCCCCCAGUCUGCGGCCUGGCCAGGGAACAAGCUUAAUGGAAAUAUUGGUCAAACAAACUGGGAAGGCAACCCUAAACAAAAUCCUGAGGCCUCAUCGUUGAACAUGGAAAAACAGCAGUUUCACCAGCAUCCCCAGCAGCGACAGGCCUCGCCUUACCCACAGCAAUGGACAUCCUACCCAAGCUCAAAUUCUUUGAUGGCUUCUCCAUCUCCAUCACCAUCACUUCAGGUACCUCCCUCUCUGUCUCCUCAUCUAGGGAAAGUUCUCCCCGGGAACGUAAACCAAGGCUCACCCUGUCCUGUCACCCCACGACCGAGCACUCCUCUCCCAGGUACAUCACAGCCUGGCACCUCUAACUCAGGCUCAUUUACACCACCUCCAGGCACCCCAAGGCACUGGGCCAGUCCUGCUCCUAGUCCACAGCCGAAUGCUUGGGGUAUUGGGCAUGCAGCAUACAGUCCUGGUUUGAAGCACAGCAAUCCUGCAGGAGCCUACCCUGACAAGAUCUGGUCCAAGACUGGGGAGAGUCGCUGUUCCACUCCCCUUGGGCUCCAAGAGAAAGCCUGGAAGUCUUGUGGAGGUUCAGUGGCAGGCUGUACUCCCUCCCCUGCACCUGAGGGUCGCCUCUUUCCAGAUGCAUUGCAACAGUCAGAUCAGGCAUGCUGGGACCCCAGCCAGGCUGAGCAUGAUGCUGAGCACACCAAGCAUAGUGAACAGGAUGAGGAAGAAGAGUGGUCUGACAGCGAGCACAACUUUCUGGAUCCCAACAUUGGUGGUGUAGCAGUAGCACCAGCCCAUGGCUCUAUUCUAAUUGAAUGUGCCCGACGGGAACUACAUGCUACCACUCCAAUCAAAAAGCCUGAUCGCUCUCACCCUACCCGCAUCUCCCUGGUUUUCUACCAGCACAAGAACCUCAACCAGCCCAUGCACGGCCUUGCUCUCUGGGAGGCCAAAAUGAAGCUGCUGGCAGAACGAGCGCUACAGAGGCAGCAGGAAGCAGCUCUCCUAGGCCUUUCCCAGGAAGACAUCAAAGCCCUUGGAAAGAAACGCAAGUGGGGGGCUACUGUGGCUGGUGCUAGCCCAGGCCCUGGGCAAUCUAAGGACAAGAGGGAAGGACCAGUGACACGGUUAGCUUCCACCUUCAACACCUCCUCUGUAGUUACUGUGUCCCCCUAUGCCUUCACCCGCCUCACUGGUCCAUACAGCCACUUUGUCUAAGGUCAGCUAGACAAACAGACUGACAGGUGUGGUGUAAUGGAGGGCUGAAGAGGGCAAUGAGCAGGAUGAAUGUCUUUUAGCUGUACCGCAGUCUGGCAUCUCUCCACCAUGCCCCCUCUGCCAUUCCUGUGGAGGAGGGGACAUUUUUAUUGUUUUUACCUCAUGUCAGGCAGUGGUUUGGGCUUCAGACACACUGCCUGUGGUGCUCUUCCUCUCUCUUCCCUGGAGAGGAACUCCAUUGCUUUCUCUUGUUUAUAGAAUUUUAAUGAUUCUAAUUAUUACUAUUAUUAUCAAUAUUAUUGAUUGCUAUUGUUACUGUCAAUGUUGUUAUUGCAGGUAUUAUUAUAAUGAAGACUUGUUUUUUAUUAUUGCUGUUUUCAUUAAUGUUAUUAUUAAUGAUGUGAUUGUUUUGGUUAUAUAUUUUUGAAUCAAUCAGUCUGAGUUUUUCAGACAAUUGUUUUUGUGUUUUGGGAAAGGUGUACCCUAGUUUCUGUUCUUUUUAAUCUUCCAGUUGUACUUGGAGGAGAAGCCACUGUCUACCUGGCAAGAGAGCAGAUCAGUACUAUACAUUUUAAUGACAUGUAAAACAUUAUUCUAGUAACGUUGUGACUGAUAUAUAUGGACAUUAUAUAGAUUUUGUAAAAGCCAACAGAGCCCUUUUUAGCCGUUACAAGGACUGGUUUAAUUUCUAUUAGUGUAUAGGCUCCAUAUAGAAGGCUAAGCAAGCCAAGGCUAAAAGUAAGCUUGGAUUUUACAAAACCAAUCAUCCUGAUACACAGAUACAAAUGUGAAUCAAACAGCUUUUUAAGUUGAAUUGGAAAAAGCCCACUGCUUCUCUUGUAGUCAGAUGAUGUGUUUCUUCUCCUCUGUUGCAUCUCCCCAGCUUCUGACUGGUGCUCAACUUCCAAAUCGGAUUGAUUUUCAUUCUGCUACUUUUCAUGGCAUUUGAUGCUGUACUUUAGGUGCUCUCAAAUCUGAAUCAGGUAGUAUUUGCAAGUGAUUUUCUUUUUGUUUAGACCAAGGUGAACUUUGGGCUGAGAGAAUUGGCUAGGAAUUUUAUUCUUUAUUUGUUAAGUGUAAAACUGUGGAAACCUUUAUUUGGUAUACUAGUUUCAAAAUAAGUGACACUGUUUGCAAAUACUAUUUGACCCAGAUCAGCCAUUACCACAUACAAAUGAAACAGAUGGCACUCUUUUAUCUUCCUAUAAUAUUCAAGUGGGAGUGUGCACACCCCAGUGUAAACUCAAGAGGGCAGCAGUGACUGCCAUUUCAAAGUGGUGUGUAAAACAAACCUACAAGCGCUUGAGAGCCACUGAGAAGCCUAUAGAGCCCUGCCUUGCUGCUUUAACCAUCCAUAGCAAAUAGAGGGGGCUCUUACACCCUGGUUGGCUGACCUUGCAAAGGCCUCACUAAAUCAGCUCUAGUUAAAGUUGAUCUCUGUCCCAUCGUGGCACAAAUGUGAAUGAAGUUUGGUCAGCCCAUCCAGGGUUAGCUCAGAAUGAACAGUGUUGAGAUGGUAGCGCUUUGGUGCUCCUACACACACUCUGGUGCUCUCCUAUUACACUUGAUUUACUGUGAAGGCCCCACAUUCCUCUGCAUGGUGCUGUCAUCUUCAAGCAGAGUUGGGUGUGUCCUUCUACCGGCACCUUGUCACCACAGAGCCAGCCAAUCAAACUGGCCGCUCAGCAGUCACAGCUCUGUCACUGGGCUCAAGACCCAUAUGCUUUAGAGAUAAUUUAUCAGUUUAUUCUGGCAAAGUGUUUUGAUUUCAAAGAAGGUUAACUGUUCAGGAAGUGCAGUCAUUGAAUGCAUUUUUGUUAACCUAUUCAAAGUGGAAAUUAUUUUGAGAAAUAUUGGAAAAACAAUUGUAGCUUCUGGGAGUUGACUCAAAAUGCAAAUGCAUUUUGAAAGUGAAAAAGAAGUGCCAAAGAGAGAGACAGUUUAUUAGCUUGUAUGGAGUCUUGCAAAUCACUCAUUUUUAUUUUGUACGUCAACCAUGUUGCAACGUGUUUUACUUGCAGUAAAUUAAAAUGAGUGAGUAACUAAUAGAACAUGAUCAAGGUUGACUCCUGGCUGCUGGGCGGUUGUUUGAGUUUAAGCCCUGGUCACCUGUGAAAGACCCUGUUACCUCUAGAGGGUCUCCAGCUCUCUACCUCAUGCUGUAGAGACACUGGUCACAAUCACAACAUGCUACUGAGGGCAGAGAAUCAUGCAUAUAUGUGUCUUUGUGUGCUUUAAGAUCUUCACACUCAUUUUAAUCUGCUUUUUUACUCUUUAUUUAUUACUACAUGGUGAUGAUGAUUGUCUUUGAGUUUGACUUUUUUCAUCUUUUUUUAUAUAGCUAAUACAAAUUGUACAUAGAGAAGAAAAGAUUUAUAAAAGCACUUUUAAUCUUGGUUUUAAUGACAAAAGAAAGAGCCGAAUAUUGACAACUUGAAGCUUAGUUUUUUCUUUUAAUUUUCUCAAGAGAGAGAUAAAAAUGUAAAUAUUAAAAUAUUUAGGUAAGAUUAUUUAACUGGUGAGGAUAGUAACUAAAUCAAUAAAGACAAGGGGGUAUUAUAAAGGUGCUGACAGCCCUUAACAACAGUAAACAACACUUGAUCCCAGUGUGUUGUGUGUAUUGUGUGCUUAGUAACACUGCUGUUUUACUUUUCAUAAGUACUGUACCCCCUGUCAGCAUGUAACUGACAGAGACCUGUUUGUUAAAUCCUUAUCCCAAUUUUGUAACAUGAAAACGCAAUUGACAAUAGUCAAAAUUAUGUGAAAACCCCCUCAUUGUGCAGUUCUCUGACCAAAACCUUUGCAUUAAGGUAUGGAAUGGAGAAGAAUAGACAAAUUUGUCUGGCUAGCAUCAGUUAUUUGGAUGUUUUACAGCAAGUAACAUUCAGUUUGCAAAUAACAGGCGAUAAUCAGUUUGAAUUUUGCCGAGUAUUAUGGUGCUUAACAUGGUGUGACCUAAGAACCAACCUAAACCAUGUACUGUGUGUACUUUAGCUUGACAUUAUAGGGAACAAGCUUUAGAUGAGAAAAUCAGUACCAUCAGCCCAAAUAUGUAUUUGUUUGUAACAUUCUGAUACCUGUAGAUGGUUGGAGAGGCCGAUCAGUGGGUGAGGUUUUUGCACGUGAUAACUCAUAGUCUUUGUCAGUUGUGUUAGACUAUCAGGUAAGAAACUCCCUCCCAGCUUGUUUAGAUUUAUAUAAUCCGACCAAUGAGAGUAAAUAUGCACUUGACAUAAAAAUCAUAACAUCCCUGUAGAAGACACCAGAUUGACAGAUCAUAAAUAAUAAUAAUUUUACUGAUGCAGGUGCUGAAUAUGAGUAUAUUGUUAAAAUGAAUGCAUGGCCCACAUUACACACACACACACACACACACACACACACACACACACACACACACACACACACACACACACACACACACUUCAAGACAGAGGAUACAGCAUAUAUGGUAUCUUAACUUUGUAAAUUUUUAAAUAUCUUGUGAGUUUGGUGGAUAGUUCUCAUGAGAGGUGCCACCUCCCGAACACAUACUAAGACGUGGGGGUUGGUCAGCUGGUGCUAUGAUGCUACAUCUUAAAUUCACUGUGUAAAAAGACGUGAGGGGUAAAUGAGGACCACACAUAUUUUUCUGAGCUCUUCGAAUGUUAAGAGAACUAUACUUUGAUUAAUGCAGUUUUGGAAGCUGCCCUGGUGCUGACUUCAUGAAAAGUCUUUUGUUACAAUGGUUCAAAACAACAUGUCUUUUUGAGGGCAGCGGGGGUCAAUCAAAAAGUUUAUUACAUUACUUAUUAAUAUUCAUUCCAUAUUGUACUUGAAGUCAUUUAAAAUUAGAAUGAGAUAGAGAGUCAUAUUCUAUGAGACUGUUAUCUGGGUUUCAUGUUUGGUACAGCGCAAGUACCAAAAGCUAUUUGAAAAGAUCUGUUGAGUAUGUUGUACAUGUUCAUGUUAACUGAAUGCUAAAAUAUUUGAACAAUACGAAAUAGCAAUUGUGUACUGCCUCCCUCCUCCUUUCCCCAGUCAUGCACUUCUUUUCUUGAACCCUUUACUCUUUACCUUGUAUAUUUUGUCUCUCACCCAGACACAAACAAAACUACAUAUGCAUCUCACUGUGUGUGGCCCACUUUUAGAAGUCACCUGAUUGAAUGAACACUCUUUUGGGAAUUUGGGAAAGACUUGGACCCUGGCCCAUACGACGGCAAACAAAAUAAGAAAAGAAAUCGAACCUACAAAACUGGCAGCUACAUUCCUUGUUUGAGUUUUAGGGUUGUUCUUGGUUCUUUAUUUUUCAUGUCAAGGAUGCAGUAUGUAAAAAAGUGUUUUUGUUCAGUCUCUCUCUCUCUCUUUGUAGCUGUAUGGUGUAUCAUGUGAAUACAUAGUGUAUGUGGUAAGAACCCCACAAUAUUGUUUUAUGUUGCGCGAUAAAUAAAAACAUUAAGGUAAAA